GCUCGAACUCGUGUCCCCUGCAUCGGCAGGCGGACUCUCAACCACUGCGCCACCAGGGAAGCCCCCAAGUACGACUUUUAAUAACCUGGUCAUGGCACAUGGGUAAAGUCUCAAUGAAUAUUGGUUAUUAACAAAAAUGAUAAUAGCAAUAAUAAUAUUGUUCUUUAUUUAUUCAUUUACACAACAAAUAUUUAUCAAGCACCUACGAGGUAUCAGAGCCACCUCUAGGCCAAGAAUUACAAAGGUGUUAGACAAAGAUUAUGCCCUCACAGAGCUUACAUUCUGGUAAGAGAAACAAAUAAUCACACAGAUAAGUAACUAAUGCAAGAUCAGUUACUGAUAAAUGCAAUAAAGAAAACUGCAGCAGGGCGUAAAGUAAAGAAGAGUAGUGGAGUGGGAGAUGGAGAUUAUCCACUGCAUGUGAUGGUCAAGGAACACCCUCUGGGAAGAACAGCUGAGCAGAGACCUGAAUGUGUUAAAGGGGUGAGCCACGGAAAGGAGCAGUGUUCUGGGAAGAGAUCAUAGUAAGAGCACAGGAGGAGAAUAUACUUAGCGUGUUAAAGAAAUAAGAAGAGUCCAAUGUGGCUACAGUAGAAUGAAGCAGGCCAAGAGUACUAGGAAAUAAAGCCAGAGACAGUGGCAAGGACCAGACCAGAUCACGUAGAGCCAAGUAACCCAUGGUAAGGAGGAUGACUUUUAUUUAAUCUGACUGUGAUAGGAAAUCACAGGGUCACCGUGACAUAGACGGUGACAAACCUGAAUUAUGUUUGUAAAAGACUUCUCUUUUCCCCAUAUGCCCCUAAAGGGCACAAGAGCAUCUAUGCAAAUCACUUCCUAGCAACAGCCCUGGAUCUCACACAGUCCCCAAGCUCAAUGGGCAAACUAAUCUCUACUAGCAAACACGAGCUACCCAUUUAUUCAUGUCCCUAUGUUGUCUUUUGGAAAAUAAUAGUAAUGCUGUCCAACAUUGACAAAGAAAUGCUCCAUAAGUAAUCUCUAAUAUAAAGCUAUGGCUACCGAUGUACCAUCAGAGUAUCUUUAACCUUUAGUUCCUCCUACUUUGCUUGUUUCCAGUUUGUAUCUUUAGCUUUUCUGCCUUUUUGGAGUAUAGUCUCUCACAUCAAAAUAACUCCUUUAGGUUGAUCUUAGGGAACAAGCCUGCCUGACUUGCUAGAAGCAAAAUUAUACACCAUUAGAAAUUAAUUUUUUGAUAUAUUCUGUUUCACAGGACGUUAUUCCAUUCACAUACCUCUGAUGGCUCCUCACUGACUACAGAUUGAAGUUCAGUCCUUAGCUGAGUGUUCCACUCCUUCUCUUCCUGAACCGGGCAGACUUCUCCAACGUGCCUAAGCUAACCACGUUCUUACACAAGGAAUCACCUGCCAUCAUACAAUUCUUCUCCACUGUCUCUCAAAGAUAACAUGCACAGUUUUACUGCCUCAUCAUUGUUUAUUUCUUUUAUUUGUCUAAGUAUAAAGCUUCUCUCAAUGCCAAGUUUUAGUCCCACCUCUGUGUGGGUCUUCCAUGACAAUCCUUCACUGAUCAUUCCCUCAUUCUGAACUACUUCUACAGUUGUUAAACUUUGCAUAUGAUCCUUUGGAUUAUUACCGAUCUUUUGAAGAACACAUUUAUCUCUACAGGCCAUCUGUGAACUUAUUCAAGGUUGGGAUCACAUCUCUGUACUCCAGGCAUUCUGCCUAUUACACCUGACUUUCCCAUCAGACUCAUCACUGUUAAAUCCUGCUGAGUUCACACGUCUGUUUACCCCCAGCACACCUACUUUUGUACUUUUUUUUGUUUUUACUGAAUUGUGCAAGAAAUUGAUCUAUCUUUAUUUUUAUGAAACCUUAACCUAAUCUCUAUUCCAAGCUCCCCUUUUGCAUUAUGAAAGCAGUCUCAGUCUAUUCAGGCUUUUUCCUUUCUUUGCCUGAUGUUUAGUUUAAGUUGUGUUUAGGGAACCUCAAGUAUAUUCAGUCAUCUGUCCCUUCAGAUAUCCACAAAGAAUUACAUGACAUGACCCUAUUUGGUCCUUAGAUGUGGUGUCAUUUCUGAAAGGUUGCUUUCUCCUAUGCCAAUGCCCAUCCCAGGCCUGAGUUCUCUCCUUGCUAGUUUCAGAAGCAUGGUAAUUUCUCUGAUGCUAUUCAGGGCUCCACCUGCCUAGAAUCACACAUAAUGUCCAUUCUGAAGUCUUGCUACUUUCUCAGGGACCCGUUCUUACAGCAGGAAACACAGCUCUUCUCUGCAGUGCCCACCAACACCUAUCUUCUCAUCAUUAGAUAUGAUGGUCAAGGAAAGCCUCUCAGGGAAGAACAAUUGAACAGAGACUUGAAUGAGUUGAAAGAGUGAACCAUGAAAAGAUCUGAGAAGUAAUGUUCUGGGAAGAGGCCACAGUAAGAGCAAAGGCCCUGGAUGAGAAUACACUCUUCAUCUCUGAGUGAGGAAAUCUUUGGUCUGGAGGAAGCCAAGUCACAUCUUCUUUCCAAUAUUUUGUCUCUUCCCCAAUUCUCUAAGUUGCCUUUAGAGAUGUAUAACCAAAAUCCAGGAAAACAUUAGCAAAUCACUUUCUAAUUCUGCCUUGAAACUUCUCUAUCUUAAGGCAAUAAGGCUAGAACAACUUUUGUUUUGAUUAGGCAGUUGUGUGGACAUAUAGAUAAAUUGCCAGGAAAAAUAAUGAUCAUGGGUAUAAAAUAAUAUCCUAUCGUAAUUAUUUUAGUAACUAGCAUAAACUUCUUCUUUUCCACCUGAUUCAUCAACUUGGGAGACAAUUUAGACUCUUUCCUCUUACCCAUCUCCAUUGGUCUUAUUGUACAUGAAACCAAAGCCAAAGAUAACUUUUUGGCCUAAAAUUAGGUCCAGUAAUAACCAGGCCCAGAAGAUUCUGCUUGAAAAAAAUAGAAUGCAUAAACAAAUGAAAAAAUUCAAAGUAGAUGGGGAUAAACUAUACACAAGGAAGAGAUAAUGUGUUCUUGAUGUUCAGAUAAAGAAGAAAUCAAUUCCACCUUAUGGUCUCUUGUCUUCCCUAAGCUUCACCCAACUGACUACAUAUACUAGAUAGAUAUCAUGAUAAUGACAAUGAUCAUAGUAUCCAUUUGAAUAUCAACUAUAAUUUUCUUUGUUUUCUUAAAACAGGAAUUUGGGGCUUCCCUGGUGGCGCAGUGGUUGAGAGUCCGCCUGCCGAUGUAGGAGACACGGGUUCGUGCCCUGGUCCGGGAAGAUCCCACAUGCCGUGGAGCGGCUGGGCCCGUGAGCCAUGGCCCCUGAGCCUGCGAGUCCAGAGCCUGUGCUCCACAACGGGAGAGGCCACAAUGGUGAGAGGCCCACAUACCGCAAAAAACAAAAAAAAAAAGCCAGGAAUUUGAUGUUGUUUGGAAUAAACAGAAUUUCUUCUUUCCUAAAGCCCACUGCACGUAGUGAUGCAGUGAACGUGGGCACAACUUGCAAAGUUGUGACCUUUACUCUAGAUAUCAUAUACUUGUAUGUUUGUGACAACAACUGUAGCGAGCUGGGGAAAAAAAGUGUUUUGUUGUAACAAAACCAGCAUAUGAUGACAAUUUCCCAACAGAAAGAAGUAAAGUGUCUUGGGUAAAGGACAACGUUUUAUAAUUUACACAGUUGCCAUAAAGGCUAGGGGCUCUCUAAUUUGCUCCUCAAAGUUUUGCUUUUAAAAACCACCUGAGCUCUUGAUUUCAUUCAUACCAGUAGGCUUUAGGAAUACACCAAGAGCCAUCAUUUAGUUUAAAGAAAAAAAAAGGUAACAGACAGCCAAGACCCCUAGACCUUUUCUCUCCUUCCACAAUCAUACAUUAAUGUAUGCAAAACAUGAUAGUAGGGACCUACCUAGAAGGAGCCAAAGUAUGAUUACAGAAGUUCUUUAGACUUAGCCAUCACCCUCAGAAAAUUCACAAUCGAAUUUAUGAAAUAACACAAAGACCAAUAGAGUACGAUGUGAUGAGAGACAUAACUAGUACAAAGUGUUGAGGAAGCGCACCAAGAAGGAAAUAACUAACUCUGCCUUAGGGGAUAGGAGAGAGCUUCAGUGAGGAAACCACAUUUUACCUGAAUACUACAGAAUUAGUGGGGACUUCCCAGGCAGAAAAGGGAGGGAAUACUUCCCAGAAAAAGAACAUUGCACAUACCUAUUUCAGGAAAGUGAAUGACUCUGUUACAAAAUAUUAACUGAGGCUGGACCUUGGGGUGCAAGGGGUGUGGAGGAGAGUAAUGAAAGACAAAUCAGGCAAGGCUGGUUGAGGACUGGGAAAAUCAUGGAGGGCCCUGUCUGCUAUGACUUUGAAUUUUAUAUGAACAUGGAGCAGAGAAUUGCAACCAUGUAAAGGAGAAACUUCAGAAGCUGCUGAGAAGAGUGGGGCACUUUAGAAGCUGAGUUUUAGAAAUUUCUGACAGAACUGUGGACAUGGACUGGAGGGAAUCAAAGGACUAGUGGAAUUGCUAGUCCAGGUAGCAAAAAGACAAACCUAAUUUCAGGAACCACUUAGGAACCUCUGGCCAUGCAGGACAUGAUGGAAAAGCCCUAACUGUCUUAAGAACAAGAAUCUGAUUCUGACUCUUGUUCUGUCCAUGGCACCAAACAGCUCAUGCUACUAGUUCCCAGUAUGCCACCUACUCCUAAAGCCCACCAAGAGCACAGGUAUUCAUUUACAAUCCCUUUAUGAUUGGCUCUCAUUGAAUUUUGCUUCUUUUUUUCAGGGCAUUUUUCUCAUAUUUGGAAUUAGUCUUUCAUAUGUGUGAUUAUUUGACAACUGUUGGAUGAUCCUCACGAGACUCUAAUCUCUGAAUGAUCAAGAAUUGUGUCUGCAUUUUGUUCAUCACUAUCUCUGGAGGCUAGUAGAGAAACUGACAUAGAGUAGAUGCUCAGUAAAUGUUUGUUGAAAGAAUGGUGACUGAAAUAUUGAGAAACAGUUGAGGUGAUGGCAUUCUGCUUGGGAAAUGUUUAGCUUUUCUUGCUUUUCAAAAUGACAAACAAAAUAUUCAAUCUGCGAUUUAAUUACUAUAUAAUUAAAUUUUUUGACCCUUUAUAUCAAAUUUCCUCUCCAACACUACAUGUGAACACUAAUUCUGUAAGUUAAAUUCCAGAUCUGAAAUUCACUUGAAAUGGGAACCAAAUUUGAUCACAUUUUUUUAUUUUAUGGACUUUAAAUUCCCAAAAUAAAAUAAUACUGACUGCUUAGCCUGGAUUUAAUGAUUAGUAUUUCUCUUUCUUUCUCUCUUUCUUUCUUUCUUUCUUUCUUUCUUUCUUUCUUUCUUUCUUUCUUUCUUUUUCUUUCUUUCUUUUUUUCCUUCCUUCCUUUCUCUCUUUUUUAAAAAUUUUCUUCUAUAACUAAAGAGGACUUUUUUAACCUAAGGUAAACCAAUUUUUCCGUCAUGACUUUAAAUUUGAUGAGGUUCCAUUAAGAAACUCCAUGCAUGUCCUACUUCUUACAGGCAUACACAUAAAGAGACAGUCAAAGCACUUCAUCAAAAGCAGAAAGAUUAAGGCAAAAGAUUACACAACAAAACCACCCACAUUCAGUUUUGCAAGUCUAACAGUCAGCCUGAAUCAUCACCCUAGAGCGCCUGCAUUCCGUUCCAACCCAAGUCUUUAGCUUACCAUUCAAGACCUGAGAAAACAAAAUAUUAGUAUUGGUGACCAAAAAGGCAGGUGUGUUUCUCUUUCCUUGGUUACUCUUAGCCCUGGAGGCAGCAACUCUUUCUUGUUUUUUUACUUGGUAAACGCAUCUCUUGUGAGAUAAUUAAAGAACCAGCAGAAAUCUUAAGAUCACCAAAGAAUAACAACUAGUUCUAGCAACAGAAUCUCUUGGCUUAAGAAUCUCAGAAUAUAGUUUUUGAAUCAGUCUUACGCAUCCGUGGCUCACUCCCAUAGCAAUAUCCCUCAUGUUAUUCAUCCCAUCCUUUAUCCCAUUUUUCUCUUCUUACAUUUUUAUUUAUUACUUAGCCUGAAGUAAUGACCCUCUCCUGUUAAUUCUAGUCCCACUUCAAGUGUGCACUCAAAUGUCACCCUCAUGUUCUCCCUCGUCAUUUUAGGAAAACUAUAUUAUUCUUCUGUCUGCAUUCCUGCAGUACGUGGCUUAUACACCUUUGCAUACUAUUUCUACUCUCUACUAUACCAGUUACAUGGUUGUCUGUUAUUUUCCUGUUAUUAGAUUGCAAGCCCUUUUAAGUCAGUAAAUGUGGAAUUCAUACCCAUAGGCCUACUUAGAGCCCAAUUUGUGCCCUAAGCAGUGUAGACAGGUGAUAAUAAAUCAUGAGUGAAUGGAUUAUAAAAAGUAUUUGAGAAUCUUUACAAUAAUAGAUAUAGAUACAAUAAGACAAUUAAGUUACAAAUAAAAGAAAUAUUUUUAUGGGAACAAGAAAUGAAAAUAUAAAGCAAGGUCAAUAGAGUUAUUGUAGUGGAGCAUUAAAAGUAACAUUAACUUCCUGGUAACUGAUGAAAAAAGAGAGCUAAAGAACAAGAUUACUCAUAUGAAUUGGAUAGGAGUAAGUGGAAACUGAAACUAGACCAGUUCUCACAAAGACUGAAAUUGAGUCUCAAAUUAUCACAAUCCCUUAUAGAAUUGAGAUGAUCAACCUUUUUUUCUGUGAGCUAAAAGAAAAUAAAAUACCCUUCGGAGGAAGAAAAAAAUACAGAGAUGCAAUAAUUUUUAUAUACAAGGCCAAGCAUUCGAUCAAAAAUUACCAGUUAGGCCAAGAAUAAGAUAAAAUGGUGAAGACAAAAACAAACAAAGAAAACAUAGCCCAACAGGUGAAAAAACACACAGGGAAAAAAAGAAAAAAAGUAUUUUUCCAAACUGACAAAGGGAAUUAAUCCACAGAUUCAAAAAGUUCUAUAUAAAACCACCCUUAGACACAUCAGGGAAAAAAUACGAAAAAGAAAACAAAAGCAGAAAGAAAAUUUUAAAAGCAUCCAGAAAAAACAGACACGUUUCUUUCAAGGAAGUAAAAGACUGAUAAGUUAACUCUUCAAAGGAAAUUAUGGGACAUCUGAGAGCUGCUGCCAGCGCCACAGACGCAGAUGCCACAAACAGCGUAGGGGAGGCUUGCACCAACAUGAAGCAUGAGUACAAUUAGUUCUUCAAUCACUUGUUUGCCAGGUUCCUCAAGGGGGAUGGCUCUGGGGACCCGGGCACCUAUCUCUUCAAGCGCUACCAGCAGUGUGUUCAGAAAGCAAUAAAGGAGAAGGAGAUUCCUAUUGAAGGACUGGAGUUCAUGGGCCAUGGCAAAGAAAAGCCUGAAAGCUCUUCUUGACCUCAACAGUCACCUUGAAAAUGGACUCCUCGAAUCAGGAAGUUGAGAACUCUGUAUCGUGUCAAUUAAAGCUGUGAAGAUAACAUCGAUUUGAUGCAUUUGGGCGGGUGGGGGGGUUACCUUUCUCCCUUCUUGAUAUUUUUGUCUCACUUGUAAAAGAUGAUGAACCAUCACUCUUUGCUUUGAGAUUUCUGGCUUUGGCAUCUCAGCAGGAAUGUAGUGUGCUAAAUAAUGGGAUUAUGGUUGCAAUAGUUGGUCUGGGAUCAAUUUUAAAUAUAUCUUGUGUGUAAAUGCUGAUAAGCUUGUCAGGACGACCACGGUUGCCUGAGUUAUGCUUUGAAGGACAUUAUGUAUACCAUACUGGGGUUAUUAUUCAUGGAAGCAACUGGUUAGGAUCUCUGUUUUCUCUCAGGGAGCUAAUACUCUGGAAAGGAUUCCCAGCACAACAGUUUUGAUCAGUGCUUGAGAGCACAGUUUCAUUUUUAUAUAGUAACUUAACUGUUAAGAUUGCUGGUGGACUGGAUUAGCUAAGAGGAAGACAGCUUUUAACCGUUCCCUACCUUAACUAGAGGUGUCAGAUCUCAUAUUAAGAUGUGAAAGCUUCAAGAACACUGCAGUGAACACCAUUUCAGAACUCAUGGUGUAGUUUAGGAAUUAAGAUCCUUGGAGUGGCUAUGGAAGAAGAUCCUAAAUUUAAAAGAUUUGCUCUUGCUAGCUUUCAACUUAAGUCAAUGAAUUAAGUCAACCUGUAUAUCAUAGAAGUGCCAAAAUGCUGCAUCUGGUUAAAGGGUGGCAGGGAGGAAGAGUUUGCUUCAUUUGCCUUGUUUACCCACCCUGCCUGUAGUCAUGAAGACUGAAAAAAGUUGUAAUAUUUAGUUUCCAUUAUAUGCCCCUGGAACUCAGUGCACUUUAUGGAACAACUAUCGCCCUGUAAUCCCAUACAUCCCAUAUAUACACUGGGGGGAGUUUUAUAUGUUUUAUAAUUUAAAAAUGAAGAUUUAUCUAAGCUAGGUAGUAUGGUAUAACAAAUGGAAACCUCACUGAUUUCUAAACUUUCUACAGUAAGUUACACAAAUAUCUUCUUUUUUUUUAAUGCUUUAGUUCAGACUCUUUCAUUUCUCCCCUGGGCUAUUACAAUGCCUUUUCUUUUCUUUUUUUUUUUUUUUUUCCAAAUCUAUUUAUUCAUUUAUUUUUAUUCAUCUAUUUUUUUGGCUGCGUUGGGUCUUCGCCACUGCACGCAGGCUUUCUCUAGCUGCGAGGAGCGGGGGCCACUCUUCGUUGUGGUGCGCAGGCUUCUCAUUGCGGUGGUUUCUCGUUGCAGAGCACAGGCUCUAGGCGUGCGGGCCUCAGCAGUUGUGGCACGUGGGCUCAGCAGCUUUGGCUCAUGGGCUCCAGAGCACAG